UCGUCUCGAAGAAAGCCUCAGUGCUUACCCGGCGGCCGUCUCGACCGCACCGGCUGCCUACAAUGUGACAGACCCUGUGACUCAAGUGUGGUGAAUUUGUGUUACAGCACAGUGCCCGUGCAUUAACCCCAACCCCUGAUAGUGUAUAACCGGAUUUUUACAUUGGAACGCGCAGGAUCACGAAAGAUUUACGAUGCUGAUAAGGUGUCCGGCGGCACUGUGUGCCGUCGUGCUCCUCCUGAUUGCCACACCCUCUUUUUCUGAGAACCUCUUCACAUGUCCGACCGGUUGGGAACUGAAAGGAUUAUAUUGCUACAAAUUCUUCAACAUUAGACACUCAUGGGAAAAAGCAGCAGAACUAUGUCGAAGGUACGGGAGCGAGUUAAUGGUUGUAGACAGCUAUACAGAGAACAACGUAACAGCCAGUAUGGUGCCGGCUACACCCACCAACAACAGAUACUGGUUAGGUCUUGCAGCUGUUGAUGACCUGAGAACAAACACUUUGGAAUCAGCUGCAAGGUCAUUGGUGUCACAAUACGCAGGAUUCUGGGAUUUGCGGCAGCCAAACCCAAAAGACGGAGAAUGUGUCGACGUUCACGUCACAUCUGACAACCAGUCAUGGGAACUCACCACUUGCGAGACAUUACUCCCCUUCAUGUGCAAAGCCGAUGCCUGUCCUGCAGGGACCUUCCAUUGUUCAAACGGAAGAUGCAUUAACGCAGCCUUCAAAUGUGACAAACAAGACGAUUGUGGUGAUGCGUCUGAUGAAAUGGACUGCACUUCCGAGUGCCACUUCUACAUGGCCAGCAGUGGAGACGUCGUAGAGAGUCCCAACUAUCCUCACAAAUAUCCUCCUUUCAGCGACUGUAAAUGGACACUUGAAGGCCCACAAGGUCAAAAUAUAGUUCUACAGUUCCAAGAUUUUGAAACUGAAAAGUCUUUUGAUACUGUUCAAAUUUUAGUAGGCGGCAGGACCGAAGAAAAGUCCGUUAAUCUUGCGACAUUAUCCGGGAAGCAGGACUUGUCUAACAAACUAUUCGUAUCCGCAUCUAAUUUCAUGAUAAUUAAAUUUAGCACGGAUAGAUCCGUUGAAAAGAAAGGUUUCCGUGCAUCUUGGAAGACUGAAUCUUCAAACUGCGGUGGCAUUUUACGAGCAACACCUCAGGGUCAAGUUUUGACCUCACCUGGUUAUCCAAAUAUAUAUCCAGGAGGGUUAGAAUGCGUGUAUAUAAUUGAAGCUCAACCCGGCAGAAUAGUGUCAUUGGAAGUCGAAGAUCUAGAUUUAGGAAUGAACAGAGAUUAUAUAGUAGUAAAAGAUGGUAACAGUCCCUCUAGUCCAGUCCUUGCAAGAUUAACAGGACCUGCCGAAGAAAACCAAAAAGUAGUCAUAUCUACAACGAAUCAUUUAUAUCUUUAUUUCCGAACGAGCCUUGGCGAUUCUAAGAAGGGAUUCAAUAUGCGAUAUUCUCAAGGAUGCCGAGCCACGAUAAUUGCGGCCAACGGAACAUUGUCAUCACCUGCAUACGGUUUAAGCAACUAUCCAAAUAAUCAGGAGUGUUUAUACAGGAUAAAAAAUCCUAACGGUGGUCCACUGUCAUUGAAAUUCGAUCACUUUAAAAUCCAUCCAUCCGACGUCGUGCAAGUAUUCGACGGUUCAACCACUAGUAGCUUGAGAUUGCAUUCGGAAAAUGGAUUUACGGUUAAGCCCAGAAUAACAUUAACUGCAUCCACAGGGGAAAUGUUAAUACGAUUUAUGUCUGACGCAUUACAUAACGAAGAAGGAUGGAAUGCUACAUUUUCGGCAGAUUGCCCACCACUGAAAUCAGGCGUGGGUGCAUUGGCCUCAAAUAGAGACACUGCAUUUGGAACUGUUAGCACAUUCUCCUGUCCGAUCGGGCAAGAAUUCGCGACUGGAAAGCCUCGAAUCACAACCAAAUGUUUAGAAGGCGGAAACUGGUCUACAACUUAUAUUCCUAGCUGUCAAGAGGUGUAUUGUGGUCCCGUUCCGCAAAUCGACAACGGGUUCUCAAUUGGAUCUACUAACGUGACGUACCGGGGUGUAGCCACUUACCAAUGUUAUGCUGGCUUCGCGUUCCCGACUGGCCAACCAAUUGAAAGAAUUUCUUGCUUAUCUGACGGCCGAUGGGAGAGAACACCUACUUGUCUUGCGUCGCAGUGUGUGGCACUACCCGAUGUACCACAUGCAAAUGUGACCAUAUUGAAUGGCGGUGGACGAAGCUACGGUACAAUAGUAAGAUACGAGUGCGAACCUGGCUAUGUUAGAUCCGGGCAGCCCGUUCUGCUUUGUAUGAGCAAUGGCACGUGGUCUGGGGACGUCCCAUCAUGUACGAAAGCCUUGUGCCCUAAAUUCCCUGAAAUCAAGAAUGGAUUUAUCGUUGACCAGUCCAGAAUUUACAUGUUCGGAGACGAAGCGCGAGUUCAAUGUUUCAAAGGUUACAAAUUAAAUGGUCCUAGUAUCCUCAAAUGCGGUACCAACCAAGAGUUUGACGCAGCACCCACGUGCGAUGACAUCAAUGAAUGCCUUAGCAACCAAUGUGACACAGCUUCCACCGAAUGUAAAAAUACUCAAGGAGGAUUCUAUUGCCCUUGCCGUCCUGGAUUCUCACCGAGCUUAGAAUGCAGACCUGUUGGCGACUUAGGACUUAUCAAUGGUGCCAUUCCUGACGAAUCCGUCACGACUUCAGCUCCAGAAUCUGGAUAUUACAAAGGGAUGGUCCGAUUAAACAAUGGAGGAGGUUGGUGUGGAAACAACUUAGAAGCUGGAGCUAAUUGGGUUUUGAUUGAUUUAAGAGCACCUACUAUUAUUAGAGGAUUCAGGACGAUGAGUGUAAUGCGAGCUGAUGGCAACAUUGCAUUUACCUCAGCCAUAAGAAUUCAGUACACCAACGAUUUGACUGAUGUAUUCAAAGAUUACACUAACCCAGAUGGUACAGCAGUAGAAUUCCGCAUUCUAGAACCCACUCUUUCGGUUCUCAAUUUGCCGGUGCCAAUUGAAGCGCAGUACAUCAAAUUUAAAAUCCAAGAUUAUGUUGGAGCUCCGUGUCUAAAACUAGAAAUCAUGGGAUGUGCCCGAUUAGAUUGCGCUGAUAUCAACGAAUGUAGUGAAAAUAAUGGUGGAUGUGACCAGAAAUGUAUUAACACACCUGGAAAUUUCUCUUGUGCCUGUAACCUUGGCUACGAGUUAUAUUCUAAUAACGGAACGGCUGGAUUCUCAAUUGAAUUAUCAGAAACUGGAGACAGGGAUGGCGACACAUAUCAAAAGAACAAAUCUUGUGUACCAGUAAUGUGUCCUCCACUCGCAUCUCCCGAAAACGGAAAGCUUUUGUCAACUAAAAACACCUAUCAUUUCGGAGAUAUUGUGCAGUUCCAAUGUGACUUUGGAUAUGUUAUGUCAGGCUUUGCAUCCCUACUCUGUACAUCAAGUGGCACAUGGAAUGGAACAGUACCAGAAUGUCAAUAUGCUCGUUGCGUGACUUUGUCCGAUGAUAAAAAUGAUGGUUUGAAGAUCAUAAGAGAAGAUCCAGAAAGCGUUUUAUUGCCUUACAGAGACAACGUCACAAUUACGUGUACCUCACCUGGAAGACAACUAAGAAACACUGUAACAUCAUCUUUCAGACAGUGUGUAUACGAUCCUAAACCGGGUCUUCCUGAUUACUGGUUAUCUGGAGCACAACCUCAAUGUCCAAGAAAAGAUUGUGGCGUUCCAAUGCCAACCCCUGGAGCUGAAUACGGUCAAUACUUAGAUACAAGAUAUCAAAGCUCGUUCUUCUUUGGCUGUCAAAACACCUUUAAGCUUGCUGGACAAACAAGCAAACAUGACAACGUUGUGAGGUGUCAAGCAAAUGGUAUUUGGGACUUCGGUGAUUUAAGAUGUGAAGGACCAGUUUGUGAAGAUCCCGGUAGACCUGCUGAUGGAUAUCAAAUUGCCAGAAGCUACGAACAAGGAUCCGAAGUGUUAUUCGGAUGCUCAAGACCAGGCUACAUUCUAAUCAAUCCCAGGCCGAUCACUUGUAUCCGAGAGCCAGAAUGCAAAGUCAUUAGACCUUUGGGACUUGCAUCAGGACGGAUACCUGAUUCCGCUAUCAAUGCUACAUCAGAACGACCUAACUACGAAGCUAGGAACGUAAGACUCAAUUCAGUUACUGGUUGGUGUGGAAAACAAGAAGCUUUUACAUAUGUUAGUGUAGAUUUAGGAAAAGUAUACAGAGUGAAAGCAAUUUUAGUAAAAGGUGUCGUCACUUCAGAUAUUGUUGGUCGUCCUACUGAAAUUCGAUUCUUCUACAAACAAGUUGAAAAGGAAAAUUAUGUUGUAUACUUCCCAAAUUUCAAUCUCACCAUGAGAGAUCCUGGUAAUUAUGGUGAAUUGGCUAUGAUCACAUUGCCCAAAUACGUAGAAGCAAGAUUUGUGAUUUUGGGAAUUGUCAGUUUUAUGGACAAUGCCUGCUUGAAGUUCGAACUAAUGGGUUGUGAUGAACCUGCUGCAGAGCCACUUCUUGGCUACGAUUAUGGAUAUUCGCCUUGUGUUGACAAUGAACCACCAGUGUUCCAAAACUGUCCUCAGCAACCUAUCGUUGUACAAACAGAUGUCAAUGGGGGUCUUCUUCCUGUGAACUUUACUGAACCUACAGCUAUGGACAACUCCGGAGCCAUUGCAAGAUUAGAAGUGACUCCUCAACAUUUCAGAACUCCUCUUCAAGUGUUCCACAACAUGGUUGUACGAUAUGUAGCCUUUGACUUUGAUGGUAAUGUCGCUAUUUGCGAAGUGAACAUUACUGUUCCUGACUACACUCCACCAAGACUAAGCUGCCCACAAAGUUAUGUCAUCGAAUUAGUAGAUAAACAGGAUAGCUACGCAGUAAACUUCAAUGAAACUAGAAGGAGAAUUAAUGCUACAGAUGCAUCUGGAGAAGUUUAUUUGAAAUUCAUUCCAGAAAGAGCUGUUAUACCUAUUCGAGGAUACGAAAAUGUUACAGUUAUUGCCUCUGACAAGUAUGGAAACAAAGCUCAAUGUAACUUCCAGGUUUCCGUACAAGCCACACCAUGUGUCGACUGGGAAUUGAUGCCUCCAGCCCAUGGAGCCCUUAAUUGUUUACCUGGCGAUAGAGGCAUCCAAUGCAUAGCUACUUGCAGCCCUGGAUACAGAUUCACGGACGGAGAGCCAGUUAAAACUUUUGUUUGUGAAACGAAACGACAAUGGGCACCUACAGCGGUUGUUCCAGACUGCGUCUCAGAAAAUACUCAACAAGCAGCUUAUCACGUCGUGGCCAGUGUGCAGUAUCGGGCUUUAGGAGCUGUAUCUAAUGCAUGUCUACCACAGUACAAGGACUUACUAGCACAAUAUGACAACAUACUUAAUGAACGAUUAUCUCAGCGCUGUUCAGCGGUCAAUGUUAACAUCAACGUUACAUUUGUGAAAGCAAUGCCAACACUACUAGAUGAGAAUGUUGUUAAAAUGGACUUCGUUUUGGCAAUCACUCCAGCUAUAAGACAGACACAACUUUACGAUCUUUGCGGUUCGACUCUGAACCUCAUUUUCGAUCUUUCAGUGCCUUAUGCUAGCGCUCUUAUAGAACCAGUACUUAACGUAUCCUCUAUUGGAAACCAAUGUCCACCAUUGAGAGCAAUCAGAAGUUCAAUUUCUAGAGGAUUUACAUGCAGUGUUGGUGAAGUUUUGAACAUGGACACUAAUGACGUGCCCAGAUGUUUGCACUGCCCAGCGGGAACCUUUGCUGGCGAAAAACAAAAGACGUGUACUAUGUGUCCACGUGGCUACUUCCAAAAUCAAGCUCGCCAAGGCGCCUGUCUCAAAUGCCCCCAAGGAACAUUCACAAGAGAAGAAGGAUCUAAAGAUAUAACAGAUUGUGUUCCAGUUUGUGGUUAUGGUACAUACUCCCCAACAGGAUUGGUACCUUGCUUAGAGUGCCCAAGGAAUAGCUACACAGCCGAACCACCUGUGGGUGGUUUUAAAGACUGUCAAGCCUGCCCCGUUAAUACUUACACUUACCAACCAGCUGCUCCAGGAAGAGAUAAAUGUAGAGCAAAAUGCGCUCCAGGAACCUAUUCACCAACAGGACUAGCACCUUGUUCUCAAUGUCCUAGAAACUUCUACCAAAACUUAUUAGGUCAAACACUCUGUAUGGAAUGCCCUACUAACAUGAAAACAGUUGGAACCGGGGCAACUACUUUGGAGGAAUGUAUUCCUGUUGAAUGCUCAAACAGCGCAUGUCAACACGGCGGUCUCUGCGUUCCAAAGGGUCACGGAGUCCAAUGUUAUUGUCCAGCUGGAUUCUCAGGACGCAGAUGUGAAAUUGACAUCGAUGAGUGCGCAAGCCAGCCUUGUUAUAAUGGUGGUACAUGUACAGAUCUUCCUCAAGGAUAUAGAUGCUCUUGCCCUACAGGAUAUGGUGGUAUAAAUUGCCAAGAGGAAAGAUCAGAUUGCAGAAAUGAUACGUGUCCAGAAAGAGCUAUGUGCAAAGAUGAACCAGGAUUUGACAAUUAUACUUGCUUGUGUAGAUCAGGCUAUACCGGACUCGAAUGUGACGUAACGGUUGAUCCUUGUACUGCCAACGGAAAUCCAUGCACGAAUGGUGCUUCUUGUAUUGCUUUACAACAAGGAAGAUUCAAAUGUGAAUGUUUACCAGGAUGGGAAGGACAACUUUGUGAAAUAAAUACCGACGACUGUAUUGAGAAACCCUGUCUUCUAGGGGCACCUUGUACAGAUUUGGUUAAUGAUUUUAGUUGUUCUUGUCCUCCAGGGUUUACUGGAAAACGUUGCCAUGAAAAAAUAGACCUAUGUUCUAACGGACCAUGUAAACAUGGUAUUUGUGUCGAUAAAUUAUUUGUUCACCAAUGUAUUUGCGACCCUGGCUGGUCAGGACCAUCUUGUGAUAUCAAUAUUAAUGAAUGUGUCAUAUCGCCUUGUGAAAAUGGAGGUCAAUGUAUCGAUGGUAUCGAUGACUUCACUUGUAACUGUGAAGCCGGUUACACCGGUAAAAGAUGUCAACACACGAUUGAUGAUUGUGCUUCCAAUCCUUGUCAGAAUGGAGCUUCGUGUAUUGACCAAAUAGAGGGAUUCAUUUGCAAAUGUCGACCUGGAUUUGUUGGCUUACAAUGCGAGACUGCUAUCGACGAAUGUUUGACAGAACCUUGCAAUCCCGUUGGUACUGAACGAUGUGUGGAUCUCGACAACAAAUACCAAUGUGUAUGCCGCGAAGGUUUCACAGGAGAAAUGUGUGAAACCAAUAUUGAUGACUGUGCUUCUGGCCCUUGCUUUAAUGGAGGUUCUUGCAAAGACGAAAUUGGAGACUAUAAAUGCGCUUGUCAACCUGGCUGGACGGGCAAACGUUGUGAAAAAGAUAUCGGCAAUUGCUUGAACCGCCCAUGCCAAAAUCAUGCAAACUGCAUUGAUUUGUUCCAAGAUUACUUCUGUGUAUGUCCUAGUGGAACUGAUGGUAAACAAUGUGAAACAGCACCCGAAAGAUGUAUUGGCAGUCCUUGCAUGCAUGGUGGAAAGUGUCAAGAUUUCGGAUCUGGACUUAACUGCACAUGCUCACCAGACUAUACGGGCAUUGGUUGUCAAUACGAGUUCGACGCAUGUGAUGCUGGUCUUUGCCAGAAUGGCGCCACUUGCAUUGACGAAGGAGAAGAUUACACUUGUAUCUGUGCUCCGGGCUUCAAAGGAAAGAACUGUGAUGAAGAUAUUAUUGACUGCAAAGACAAUUCUUGCCCACCAUCGGCGACAUGCAUCGACUUACCUGGCAGAUUCUAUUGUCAAUGUCCAUUCAACCUAACAGGGGAUGACUGUCGGAAAGCUAUCAGCGUAGAUUACGAUCUAUACUUCAGUGACCCGCUAAGAUCAAGUGCUGCUCAAGUUGUUCCUUUCGACACUGGCUCAGCAGACAGUUUAACAAUUGCUAUGUGGGUGCAGUAUACACAACAAGACGAAGGUGGCGUUUUCUUUACAGCUUACAGUGUCAGUAAUUCACACAUUGCUCUGAACAGACGAGUUAUUAUUCAAGCACAUUCGAAUGGAGUUCAAGUAUCUUUAUUCCCUGAGCUUCAAGAAGUAUAUAUGAGUUUCGGAGAAUUUGCAACAGUAAACGAUGGACAAUGGCAUCACGUUGCUUUGGUAUGGGAUGGUAACAAUGGCGGUGAACUAACACUCAUCACCGAAGGUUUGAUUGCUAGCAAGAAGACAGGUUAUGGCAGCGGUCGAACAUUGCCACAAUAUGUUUGGGUAACACUAGGAAAACCUCAAUCAGACAAUCCAAAGGCGUACACCGAAUCUGGCUUCCAAGGUCAUCUGACUAAAGUUCAAAUAUGGAACCGUGCGCUUGACGUCACCAAUGAAAUACAAAAGCAAGUACGCGACUGUAGAACUGAACCAGUUCUUUACAAUGGUUUAGCUCUUAACUGGGCUGGAUAUGAAGAUUUAGUUGGAGGUGUUGAAAGAGUAGUACCAACACACUGCGGACAAAGAGUAUGUGCCAAUGGUUAUACUGGUGAUAAAUGCGAGCAACUUAAAGUAGAUAAGGAACCACCAACGGUAGAUCGUUGUCCAGGAGACUUAUGGGUAAUUGCAAAGAAUGGAUCUUCGAUUGUGAAUUGGGAUGCUCCUGUAUUUAGCGACAACGUGGGAGUAGCAAGAGUAGCAGAGAAAUCUGGGCACAAACCUGGACAAAACCUCGCAUGGGGAGCGUAUGACAUCGCUUAUGUAGCCUAUGAUGCUGCUGGAAAUGCAGCCACUUGCACUUUCAAGGUCACUGUUUUAGCUGAAUUCUGCCCUCCGUUGGCGGAUCCUCUUGGCGGAUAUCAAUCUUGUCGCGACUGGGGCGCGGGCAGUCAGUUCAAGGUCUGCGAGAUUGGAUGCGGUAAAGACCUCGGAUUUUCCCAACCUGUGCCACCAUUCUACACCUGCGGGGCUGAAGGCUUUUGGCGACCGACUGCUGAUCCAACUCUGCCAUUUGUAUAUCCUGCUUGUUCACCGGCUCAGCCAGCUCAGCGCGUAUUCAAGAUAUCGAUGUUGUUCCCAAGUUCGGUCCUCUGCAAUGAUGCCGGUCAAGGAGUUCUGCGGCAGAAAGUACGAACUGCCAUCAAUCAGCUUAAUAGAGAUUGGAACUUCUGCUCAUAUGCUGUACAAGGUACUCGAGAAUGCAAAGAACUUGACAUCAAUGUGAAAUGCGAUCACCGAGCAAACAACAGACAAACCAGGGAGGUUACACCACCCACAAAACCUGAAGACGCAUAUGUUCUGGACGCUAUUAUACCAGUCGAUGAGACGCGAAGCAGUAGGGAGGGCAGACAAGUUGGAGAUACGUACAGCAUUGAGAUCGCUUUCCCAGCCGUCAACGACCCAGUAAUCCACGGAGGCACUAAUGAAAGGUCCUCAGUCCAUCGGUUACUGGAGAAACUGAUCCUAGAAGACGAACAGUUCGACGUAAGGAGCAUCUUGCCCAAUACUGUGCCGGACCCGGCUAGUCUGCAGCUGGUCUCCGACUACGCUUGUCCGACGGGUCAAGUCGUUAUGGGAACUGAUUGUGUGGCAUGUGCGGUAGGAACGUACCUGGAUUCAGCCAGCGAUACCUGCAAGCCUUGUCCCCUGGGCACUUACCAGUCUGAGGCCGGUCAACUUCAGUGCACUGCCUGCCCGUCCAUCGCUGGACAAACUGGUGUGACUCAGGCCAGCGGCGCGCGCAGUGCUGGCGACUGUAAAGAAAGGUGUGCAGCCGGCAAAUUCUACGACGCGGAAGCUGAGCUCUGCCGACCUUGUGGCCACGGCUCCUACCAACCUCGGGAAGGCGCCUUCUCUUGUAUCGCCUGCCCGCGAGGUCAGACCACCAGGGCUACGGAGGCGGUGUCGGCUGCCGAAUGUCGGGAUGACUGCUCCUCAGGAGAGCAGCUAAGCAGUGAUGGUGGCUGUGAGCCGUGCCCGCGUGGUACCUGGAGACUGAAGGGUGCCGGCGCUGCCUGCGCGUCAUGUCCGCCUGGUACCACCACCCCGCAAGCUGGUGCCUCUUCAGCCGACCAGUGCUCUUUACCAGUUUGCAAACCUGGAUCUUACCUGAACGUUACCCUGAAUACAUGUAUACUCUGCAAGAAGGGAAUGUACCAAUCGGAAGCUCAACAAACAGCCUGCGUGCCAUGCCCUAUCAACACGAGUACCAGGGAGACAGGAGCUACUUCGGAAUCGGAAUGCACGAACCCAUGCGAGAUGAGCGGUCCAGAAAUGCAUUGUGACGUCAACGCAUACUGCCUGCUGAUGCCCGAGAGCAGCGAGUUCAAAUGCCAGUGCAAGCCGGGCUUCAACGGCACCGGGAAAGUGUGUGUUGACGUGUGCCUCAACUUCUGCGACAACGGUGGAGAAUGCAUCAAGGACGCCAGAGGGGAGCCAUCUUGCCGGUGCAUGGGUUCCUUCACUGGUAGAAACUGCACGGAGAAAUCUGACUUCGCAUACAUAGCCAGCGGAGUGGCUGGAGGAGUCAUCUUCAUCAUAUUCCUGGUUCUGCUCGUGUGGAUGAUUUGUGCGAGGUCUACGAAGAAGAAGGAGCCAAAGAAGACACUAACGCCAGCUAUCGACCAAAAUGGCUCCCAAGUGAACUUCUACUACGGCGCGCAUACACCUUACGCCGAAUCCAUCGCGCCAUCGCAUCAUUCCACAUACGCACAUUACUACGACGACGAAGAAGACGGUUGGGAAAUGCCCAACUUCUACAACGAAACAUAUAUGAAGGAAAGCCUACAUAACGGAAUGAACGGAAAAAUGAACAGUCUGGCGAGGUCUAACGCCAGUAUUUACGGGACUAAGGAAGAUUUGUACGACAGACUAAAGAGACACGCGUACCCUGGUAAGAAAGAUAAGAGUGACAGCGACAGCGAAGGUCAGUAAACGUGUCAAAAGGCUGCGUUUUGUCGUAUUCUGGUCAAACUUACAUCAUAUCUAGUUUACAAUUCUCGGUGUGACAAUAAUAGUCAAUAUUAUUGUAGUAUAUUUUGUGAAAUGUUUAAAAAUGUAAACGGAACGGCCACAUCGAAUUUAUUAUAUAAAAAAAAACUUUAUUUGUAAACUUUUUUAAAGGAAUGCUAAAACCUACCCAAGAAAUUCGUUUACAUUUUUGGGCGUUUUCCUAAAAAUAAUGUUGUAUAUCUUUGUAUGAGGAUUGUUGCCGAGAGUGCAUUAUAAAGAAUGUUGUAUUCUGUUAGCUUUAUUAUUAAAAACUUUAGGUUAAUUUAUGACGAAUGUGUAUUAACACACUCACUGUUUAAUCGUUACAGCCCCACCAAAUAUUUUUUUUUACUUUAAUUUCUUUCAUAGAUGGCUUAGUACCGUAGAUGGAAUAGAAAAUGGAUAAUGAAACAGUGAAUGUGUUGAUGUUCUGAUGUAACGAUCAACGAAACAAAUGCUCAAAUAAGUAUUUAGGCAAAUCAUGCCAUAAAAAGUGGGGGUGACUCUGAAGUUGAAUUUUCCUUUGUUAUCAACGGUUAAAGAAUAAAGGAAUUUUGGUAGGUAUAGUUAGAAGGUCGAUUCUGUAAUCAGACUGUGCGAACCUGACAAUUGUGUAUAUGGUGAUCCCUUAUUAUACAAGACACUAGAUGAUAACUGAGGGGUUGUUUGAUAAGGCAUACGUCUUAUGUAUUCUAUCUAUUAUUUGGGUCAUCAAAGAAAAAGAGGAAAAUAUAAGUCAUGUUAAACUGACGGCAUGACCCAAAAGAUGGCUCAGCAUCAUCUGAUUCCAGAAUCAGCCUCCUAGCUAUAGUUACCAAAAGAGGCUAAUAAGAAAUAUUUACUAAAACAUCGUUUUUAUAGCUCAAUUUUGAUUGCAUUCUCUAUUGACUAACGUUAAGGUUAAGGUUUAAACUUCAGAAUAUAAUCUCUAGGGCUUAAAAAUGUAUAUCGAGUCAUUCCAACGACAUUCCAAUUUGAUUACAGGACUAGGCUUUGAGUAUUAUACAUAAGCAGCGAAGACACAUCGUUAAUUUUAUCCCGCUGUAAGUCAUAAGUUCAAAGAAGUGGAAAAAGUUACAACUUAAAUCAAAACUUCCAAAAAUAGUCAAAUUUAGUACGGUCAAUACUUUGGCUGUCCCAAAGCUGGGAUGGUUCAUGAGAGUAGCAUCUUAGAUUUCCCUUACAUAGAAAAGGCGGGAUAAAACAACGAAGGAUAGAAAUAAAGCUAUAUAAAGCCUAUGCGUAAUACUCUUUGAAACCCUAGUUUUUUAUGUAAAUAUUAAUGUUAUUUCUGUAUAUUAGCUAAGCCACGACGACUGGGUGUUAGUAUUAAUAAUUAUGAUAAAAUUUCAUCAUUUCACGAUAUUUAUCAAUCGUCAUGUACAUUUUGUUUAUCCGGUUAGUACUGGUAAGAGCUAUUAUGUUGAUAAUGUCAAAUUUAUCUUUGUAUUAUAAACGGGACUUUGAACCAUACAAUUGUAUGUGUGAGUGAAUGAAUGUAAAUUGUAUGACGUUUAUGUAAAGAAUACUACAUUAUAAUGAGAUAGUUAAAUGUAUCAUAUCAGUACAUGUAUUAAAUAAUAAGAAAUCCAUAAUAAUAAUUUAUGAUUAAUUUUACUUAAUUACCAAUAGUACAUACAAAAAGGCCUAAUCUAUUAAUGAAAUUCUACAGGUAUCAAAAUAAACGUAAACGCAAAACAAAAAACAGAAUAAAUUGAAUAGGUAUUUUUUUUACGUUUAUUCGUUUUUUUUUCUUUUUAUUAAGAUGCUUGUAGCAAUUUAUUCGGCCAAAACUAGAAAAUCUUUGACUAUUUAUGCUGAAAAAUAAUGUAUGAAUGAUCUAUAUUUUAGAAAUAUUACCUUCGUACCUUAAUAAAUGCAAGCUUUUGAAAUAAAUACUCAAUGCAUUGUCCGUGAGUGGUUAGAAUUCCAUCACAAUUUAUUACCGCAUUAGUGAUUAUG